GAUUAAGAUAUUUGAAGUGGUUUGUUUUUGAAGGUGUCUGAUUAAAGAGUCAAAAUUAUGAUUAACAGGUUUUCAGCUAGAAUUAUGAUUAAGAAAGUUGAUUCAACAAAGAAACUUGACAACAAGAAGGUGUUGUCUGCAAUCUUAAGGGACAACCAAAACCAAGGAUGGAUCAGCUAUUAUCUCAGAACAGGAGCCAAAUUAUUUGCGGAAGUUCUUGUUUAUUCAGACUUAAUAGAUAUAAAAGACCAUCCAAAAGGGUUUCAAAUGAAUCAAAAGACUAUUUUAAAGGGCUCGAUUUCGCGAAGAAAUUCAGUAAGAAAAAUUGCAAAGAAGGUGGCUAAGCAGUGUUCAUCAAUUAUGGUGGUGACUAUGGAAAGAAGAAAAGGCUCUCUAAGGCAACUUAAGCUAGAAAGUUUGUCUCAAUUUUAUUUGCUUUAUGAGUUCCAACCUAAAUACUCACGUCAAAUUCCAAAGUUUCUUAAGCUUGGAGAAGCAAAGCCUAAAGCAAUUAAGAGUUCCUCAAAAGACGAGUCAAGAGAUGAUCACAAAGAAAAAGAUUAUCCUCAUAUGAACUACAUUUCUCUUCUCCAAAAGGAGUUACAAGAAUCAACUCUUGGCUGGCCUUUUCACAGAGGAAGUUCUUUUACAAAUCAGCAAGUUUCGGAAAAUUCAGAAGCUAAGGAUGUAAAUUAUCUCCCUAAUCUGUCAAAUAUUAAUUCUAGCUCAGUUUCUUCUGAUCUGAUUGAAUCGCCAAAGUCAAGGCUUGGUUGGCCUCUUCUUAUGAUACCACUUCCUCCAACAUCUGAUUCUUCGACCGUAUCCGAAACUGUGAAUAACGAGAAUCGAUCAAACUCCUCUUGCAAGAGAUUCAAAUAUAAAGAGUUGAAGGCUGCAACUUCUUGCUUCUCUUCUGAAAAUCUUAUUGGAAAGGGAGGGUCUAGUAGUGUAUACAAAGGACGUCUUCCAAGUGGCAAAUCAGUGGCAGUCAAGGUUUUAAAACCCAAAAAGGAAGCACCAAAAGACUUUUCCUUAGAAGUAAAUAUUGUCUCUUCAAUAAAGCACGAACACAUUGCGCCUUUGAUUGGAAUAUGCUCGGAAAAUGGCCUUCUUAUUUCAGUCCAUGACUAUUACCCAAAAGGGAGCUUGGAACAUUGCUUGCAUGGUGACAGUGGUAGAUCUGUAUUGCCAUGGGAAGUGAGGUUCAAAGUGGCUAUAGGAGUUGCUGAAGCUCUAAAUUAUCUGCAUAACGAUUGUCCUACGCCUGUUAUUCACAGAGAUGUAAAAUCUUCUAACAUUCUUCUUACCGAUGAAUUGCAGCCACAGUUGUCGGAUUUUGGUUUGGCUAUGUGGGGUUCGACGGAUUCUGCUAAUUCGAUACAGAACGAUGUGGUGGGGACUUUCGGGUACAUAGCUCCAGAAUACUUCAUGUUCGGAAGGGUCUGUGACAAAAUUGAUGUGUAUGCUUUUGGUGUUGUUCUUCUUGAACUAUUAACGGGAAGAAUGCCAAUUGGUUCCAAGGUUCCCAAAGGACAAGAGAGCUUGGUCAAGUGGGCGAAAAAUUUAUUAGAGGGAGAUGAUUAUGAAGCGCUGCUGGAUCCGAAGUUAAAAGGGGUGUUUGAUGUUGCUCAAAUGCAGAGAAUGGUUUUGGCAGCAACGCGUUGCAUUUCACCGUCAGCUCGAGUUCGUUCAAAAGUCAGCCAUAUACUCAAAUUAUUAAGAGGUGAGAAGGAUGCUGAGAAGUUAUUGGAUUCUCAUUCUUUUGAUAAUUCAGGUUAUCAAAACGAUGAUGAGCAAUUAGAGUUUGGCUGCAUGGAUCGUCUGCGUUUUAAAAUUUUAUAAGCGAAUACGGACAUAUCAUCAAGUAACAACACAUCUCUAAAUAAUAGAAAAGACCCGUUGUGUUAAAUUUAGAGAUUUUUUAAAUCAACUACUAGAUUGAUCAUAUUAG